ACAGAUAUGUCUGAACAACAAACAAACUUGGCAUCUCUGUCACUAGAGCAAUUGCAGAUGGUGAAGGAACAGGUCGAGGGAGAUAUACAAUCAUUGUCAGAGUCAAUCACAUCACUGAAACAUGCUGCUGAGAAGUAUCUAGAGGCAAAGGAAGCUAUUCAAGGUUUGACAGGUGCAGAAGGAAAGGAGAUACUCGUUCCACUUACAUCAUCUUUAUACUUGCCAGGCAAGGUGAACUGCAAAGAGAAGGUAUUAGUAGAUAUUGGAACACAGUACUUUGUAGAAAUGGGAUUGGACCAGGGUCAGCAAUUCACCAAUCGUAAGGUACAGAUGAUACAGGAUCAGAUCAACAAGGUGCAGCAGGCAAUCAAUGUCAAGCGUGGUCAAAUGGAUCAGAUCAUGCAGGUGGCUCAACAAAAGAUUUCACUGGUACGACAGCAACAGCAGCAACAGCAGCAACAGCAACUGAAGAAA